UUUGUCAUAGCCAUUUGAGGUUCAGGCCAUUUCCGAGGCCUGAGGAUCCGAGGUGACCAUAUUUGGAGUUCGCCCCAUCGGACAUCGUGCAUCGCAAUGCCAGCCACCCUGUCCACCCCGUCCAAGGCCUCGAACCCUGCGCUGCUGAGCAGCGCAAGCCCUUCGACGGCGCAGCGCAGCUUCUUGGCCCAGCGCGUGCCGCUACCAGUCAAGACUGGCAACCACAUGAUCGACGACGAGGCUCUCGCUCGCAGGGAGUGCUUCAUGACCAUCAUCGACGAGUGCAGCGCCAACGACUCGCAUAUCCUGCCAUUGUUCAACGAGUUGAACAAGCGCCUGAGGGCCAUGGCGAAGGAGGUGAAGUGCGACGGAGCGAAGUUCGACUCGCUGGCGAAAGCAUUCGGCAACACCGACGAGGAGUUCAUGAUCAGGAUCAUCGUGUCGAACUCGGAUCUCACCUUGGCCGAAAUCGUCAAGGCGAAGCAGAUGGACGAUGGGGCAGUGUUUCAGCUCAUGCAGUUCGCGCUCCAGUGGCCGAAAUCGUUGAAGUACCCCGAGGAGGCCAGGGUUGUCGAAGUGCUCUCUAGGACGAUGACGGCUCGUCUCGGCGCGUGCGGGGACAGGCUCAAGCGUUUCAAGGCGAGGGGCGGCGUCGACUCCACAGGGGCGCUCCACUGGCGGGCUGGCAGCUACGAUCUCAAGUUCGCAGGUGGCAAGCUCACGGAGGUCACGCACAUCAGCGCCGACAAGGUCCAGAUCCCCCCAGGCUACCACAUCGACAACACCUACACGCUGAACUUAAAUUGGGACGAUUGGACCGCCUGCCUGAUGAAGCCGCCGAUGCCGCCAAUUCUCCUCUCGGAGUUCUUCAAGACUACGAAGACUGGCCCUUUCAAGAUCCCGAGGGUCACGCCGUCUUCGAAGGACUUCGCGAAGAGUGUGCAGGACACAUUCAACAUCUACAAGGCCGAGGUCGAGAGGGUGAACGGCACGGCCAGCGCUCCCAGCUCUUCGGGGUCCGAGAUCCAGAAGGAGUUGAAGUCACUCGACUCGGAGAAGAAGCGCAAGGCAAUGGAGAAGGCCAGGAAGUCCGCUUGCGACAAGAUGCAGGAGGUGAAGAAGCGCCGCUCGAUCUCUCUCGCGGCUCAGUCUGCGUGAGCUUCGACUUCCUGGCAUGGGAUGGGUGGGCUCGCCGAUGGGUCGAGCGAGCCAGCAUGGGCGAUCGAGCGUACUGAGGCCUUACUUUUACACGUGCUGGCGCAUAUUUCGACCUUGUCCGAUUUCUCUCGUUGCCGUCCUGGGGCUCUUUGUUCUCCGGCUUCGGAUGGGGGCAUCCCGAGCUGAAGCUCUUCAAGAUUAGCGCCGUGCACUCUUACUUCGAGGCAUCAGUUUCCAGCAGUACCAGCAUCCGCCCAUGGUUUUUUG